CGCUUAACUUUUUACCUUUUCCAAGCUUUUCAAGCAUGUUUAGGUACGUACCUAAUGCGCGUUCCCCUUUUGGGACUAGCUUUACUUUACUACUUAGAACGAAUUCAAGCCAUAACGAAUUAGAAUCACUGUUUUUUGACAUUCGUUAUGGCAAGGUUUUACUGUACUCAGAGUGGGACAGAGUUAUGAUGAAGUAUUAUCCAAUUAUAUGUAGAGUUUCUCCAAGCUCUACGGAUCCGUAUGACUAGACGACAUUACCUAGGAGCUGUUUUUUUUUAAGUUGGUUACCUAAAAAAUUACAGGUAACCUUAGUAUCCACACAGCUUCCAACAAGGAUUUACCGUCAAGUUUUCGAAGGUUGCAUCAUCGUCUACUCCGAAGGGCAGCCUCGCGCUGUAUCCCGUAUAUUUCUUUCUAACCGCCGUCGCCACCUCUACCACUCUACCAACCUCCCUCCUCUCCCGCAGCCGAACAUCCCAAUUCAACAUGUCAGGUCUCUUCGGAAGCAGCGCUGCUACGUCAACUCCUAGUAACACUAUUGGUGACCUAAAGAAUGACGUUCCUGUUUCGAACCCUCCCGAAGAUACAAUCUCCGACCUCGCCUUUUCUCCUACCUCAGACAUCUUAGCCGUCUCAAGCUGGGAUAAGAAGGUCCGGAUAUAUCAAAUUGCUGCCAACGGUGCUAGUGAAGGGAAGCAUAUGUAUGAUCACGAGGCCCCUGUUCUGAGCGUGGACUUCUCCAAGGACGGCAACAAGGUUGUAUCUGCCGGAGCCGACAAGCAGGCCAAAGUUUGCGAUUUACAAACCCUCCAAACGGCGCAAGUAGCCGCACAUGACCAGACAGUCCGAUCCGCCCGCUUCUUCGAGCUGCCCAACUCAAAUGGUCCAAUGCUGGUAACAGGCUCGUGGGACAAGACCGUUAAAUAUUGGGACCUACGGCAAAGUUCGCCCGUCGGAACAGUCACAUGCCAAGAACGUGUCUAUACAAUGGAUGUGCGAAAUUCACUACUGGUCAUCGGCACCGCAGACCGCUAUAUCAAUGUCAUAAACCUACAAGACCCUCUGAAAUUUUAUAAGACUCUUCAGAGCCCUCUCAAGUGGCAGACUCGCGUGGUCAGUUGCUUUACCGACGCUAGCGGUUUUGCUAUUGGUAGUAUCGAGGGUCGUUGCGCCAUUCAGUAUGUGGAAGACAAGGACGCGAGCUCCAACUUUUCGUUCAAAUGCCACCGCGAUCCGCCUCAAGGCAACACGACGCAGGUGUACUCUGUUAACGACAUCUCAUUCCAUCCCCAGCACGGAACGUUCAGCACAGCCGGUAGUGACGGCACGUUCCACUUUUGGGAUAAAGAUGCGAAGCACCGGCUGAAGGGGUACCCAUCGGUGGGCGGUAGCAUUACAGCAACGACGUUCAACUCGGGCGGCAACAUCUUCGCGUAUGCUGUCGGUUAUGACUGGAGCAAAGGUUAUAUGGGUAACAAUCAGAACUACCCCAACAAGGUCAUGCUGCAUCCCAUCCAGGGCGACGAGUGCAAGCCUCGCCCUAGCGUUAAGAAGCGGUAGAACACUCAAGGCGCACGGGGACCAAAGGGACGACCCUUAGUAGAUAGCAUGGGCGACUGGGAUAUGGAUUGGUGACCGAGGCAGAAAAGAUGACUUAGGUACUCUCGCUUUGUCGUAGUUGCUGCCUCUUGCCUACGCACGUAUCACAGAUUGAUUUGCACGAGGAGACGGAUAAUUCUUGAUUAUUCAGGGGGAAAGCGGACGACGAGUCGUGGAGAGUCUACGUUACGGGGAAUGAAGAAAGUAAAAAAAAGGAAGGAAAUAAAGAAGUUGUAAGAAUAUGACCAUAGUAAGGGGUAAGGCGGAUGGCGCGAUACCAUAUGGCUCUAUCGACAUAGGUGUGUCAGUUAGUUAAUAGAGAAUACCUACACUU